AUGGCGGCACCUACAUUUGCACUGUUAACCGAUCUAGAAUUGGAGGAGCUUGUCUCUGAUGCGGAUGCAAAAAACACAAAACGCGGUAUCAAGUUUGCAAAAUGUCGACUGGAAGAAUUUGCCAAAUGUGCUUCUACCUCGCUCGAGGACGUGGAAAAACUAUCCAAGGAUGAGUUAGACAAGUUUCUUUGCCGCUUCUAUGCCGGUCUGAGAAAGGAAGAUGGCACAUUUUAUGCCAAAAAGACAAUGCAUGCCAUUAGAUUUGGCGUUUGUCGUCAUUUCAAAUCUGUGAGAGGUGUGGAUAUUUCAGACGCAGCAAAUUUCUCAGAAAGUCAGAAAAUGUACAAGGCCAUGAUGAUAAAGCUGAAAAAAGAGGGCAAAGGAUAUGUUCAACACAAAACUGCCAUAUCUGAUAAUGACAUGGCAAAAAUAACUCAAUCAGAUGCAGUGGAUACAAACACACCACUUGGACUACAAAACAAAGUGUUUCUUGAUGUCAUGACAUAUUUCGGACAAAGAGGUCGUGAAAAUCUUCAUCUCAUGAAAUUUGAUAAUUAUGUCUUGCAAAAAGACGAAGAUGGAGUUCGAUAUUUUGAGCAUUGCGACACGCUAACGAAGUCAAGACGAGAAAAUGAAGAUGAAAAGUUUGGUGGACGAAUGUAUGAGGUGCAAGGAUCUGAAAGAUGUCCAGUAUUCUCAUUGUUGAAGUAUAUAACUUUGCUGAAUCCCGAAUUGACAAACUUCUGGCAAAGGCCAAAGUCCAAGAUCCCAGAAAAUGGACCCUGGUAUGACAAAGCACCCCUCGGACUAAACAGCUUAGGAAACAAAAUGAAAAACAUCGCAAAGAGUGCUGGAUGCACAGCUCACUACACCAACCAUAGCCUGCGGGCGACUACAGUGACCAUUCUCGAUCAAGCAGGCAUUGCUUCCCGAGAUAUCAUGGAAGUAACUGGACACAGAUCAGAGUCCUCUCUAAAAAACUAUGUAAAAACAAGCAAGAAGAAGAGAAAAAUGAGUGCCCAAAUCGCAUCUUCAUUGCAAGAAGAAGAGAAAUUAGGACAAGGAGUCUCGGGACCACGCCUAACUCCAAGCAACAGACCUAACAUAGGCCUAGACCUAUCUAACGUUAGAUCCAGAUCUAGACCUGUACCACACACUUCAACUUGUCCCACUGACACUGGUCCGGGAUCUUGUCUUGUCUCCAGUCAGACACAAAGUAGAAAUGGAACUCAUAUCUAUAGACCUAAAUCUAGACCUGCUAAUAGUAAUGCAACACUCGAUGCUGAGAAUCUUGAGAUUGCUGGAAUUGACGAACCCAUACUGUCUCCCAGGAACAAUUGA